UAGCGCCAAUGCGUGCUCUUUUCGCACCUACAGUUUCUUACAUUCUACCAACCAACUCAAGGUCCAACCACCUUGACGCAAGUGUAUCCUCUUCCUCCACAGAGUGCCCACGCCCACCGUACCGGCGUACCUGCAAAACUCAUUGAGAAUUUGCUCCUCGCCAUUCGCCAUCUUUUCUUCCAGCUCUCAAAACACUACAGAACCUAACCCCUAAUCCACCUUCCAUUCCCUGAAAACUUCAUGGAAAUCAAAAUUUCUUCGUCCUCGCACUUCACUCCUAGAUUCCCUGUCAGGUUACGCCGCCGGACGCCACUGGUGCUUCCGAAUCUCUCCCGCCGCAUACUCUCCGCCAAAACCUCGGAUCCUCCAAUCCCCUCUUUUCCUCUCUCCAUCCGAGCGAUCCCCGACUGGGCCGACGCAAUCCAGGAACGCGGUGUGCAGAAGCGGCGUUCCCUCUACACCCCUGAGGACUGGCGUGCCCAUCGGAGCUCACUCCGUCACCUCCGACACUUACUCUCCAGCUUAUCUUCCCGCGUCAUCCUCUCCCUCGUCCCGCCCGUCUCCGUCUUCACCUCCUUCGCCGCGGCCUUGGCCGUUUACAACUCCGCGGUGGCCCAUCGGUGGCUGCCGGAACUCUUCCCGCUACUGCACGCGUCGUCGCUUCCGUACCAGCUCACGGCGCCGGCGUUGGCUUUGCUUUUGGUGUUCCGGACGGAGGCUUCGUACUCCAGGUUUGUGGAGGGGAGGAAGGUGUGGAUGAGCGUAGUCGCUGGGGCCAGUGAAAUGGCGGGGAUUGUGAUAUCUAGUAUGGCUAGGGGUAGAAGUGGUGCAGAGGAAGCGGGCAUUAAGAGGACACUCUUGAAUUACAUAAUGGCAUUUCCAGUUGCUCUGAAGUGCCAUGUCAUUGGUGGCUCAGAUAUCAAACUAGAUCUGAAGAAUUUGCUAGAAGAGGAUGAUCUAGCAGUUAUUUGUCAUUCCAAGCACCGGCCUCGUUGUGUCAUCGAGUUUAUCAUACAAAGCCUUCAAAUGGUUGCUAUGGAGGAAUCUAAACGAAAUACUUUGGAGUCUAAAAUUUCUUGCUUUUAUGAUGGCAUCAGUGUUUGUGAGCAAAUCAUUGGCAUCCCAAUCCCCUUAUCUUACACUCGUUUGACAUCAAGGUUUCUAGUAUUGUGGCAUUUAUCUCUUCCAAUUAUACUUUGGGAUGACUGCAAUUGGAUUGUAGUUCCAGCUACCUUCAUUAGCGCAGCCUCCUUGUUUUGCAUUGAGGAAGUCGGAGUUUUGAUCGAGGAGCCAUUCCCCAUGCUUGCACUGGACGAGCUCUGCAAGCAACUAAAUGAAAGCAUCCUAGAGGCCAUUAAGAUGCAGAGAUCCGUUUACGCACGGCUAACUGCAAAGCUGAAGGGCCACCACGGCGCCCACUCCAUCAAUGGCCGCCUCAACUCUUAAGAAUUGCUAUUUCUACCAAGAAUACACAGAGCCGCGCGUCUUACAAGCUGGACCACUAAAGUCGACAGUAAUCAGAGCUUUCACUUUAGUACUACAGAAAGCGAAGUCCGUCAAAAAGCCGGAGCAAUGCAAGAUCUGUACAGCGAGAUGAGUAUUAUCAAUGUGAAAUGUUAAUAUCAGAAUAUAAUUGGCUCCAAUAAUGUUAGAAGAACUUAGCUGUGUUGUUACAAGUUAAUAUUGGCCGCUCGAUUAAGUUGCCGUGAUUCCUAGGAUGGGCGAUA